GUAAGCCCGAAGUGUGGUGAACUCGAGCCGUCUGCAGAAAACGGCGAUCGCUUUCUCCAAUCUCACACAUGCAAGUCUCGCUGUUGUGACUCACAUGAGUAAACGAAAGGUAUUGAAGCUCCCAUAAGAACCGCCUUCUGUGAAAGUUCCGGAGAACAUUAGAACCAAAUACCAGUAUUUCGUUCCGAUCAUCAACACACUUUUCCCCUUUUUUAAAUGUGUAUCGAAGGUGUGACUCAGGGACAACACCACAAACGAACUCAUCACAAAUCCUUGAACAACACACAUCUAAUAGUGCAAGGAGAAGGAUAAAAUAAAAUAAAAACAUAAAACAGAACCAUGCCAUCCCCCACAGACACCCAGGCCCCCGUCCCUGCCCCCGUCCUUGCCCCCGUCCCUGUCCUCCCCCUCUCCGCCGCAUCCAAAAUCGCCUCGUACGCGAUCCAGCCGGCGUCCGGCGCAAGCCAACUGAGCCAGCGCAUCGAGCUCAGCCAAGCCACGCACCGCAUCCGUUUGGUUAACGCCUGGGGCAGCAGCAGCAGCACCACACUUGGGCCCGGCACGCGCGUCCUUGAACUCGGGUGCGGGCAGGGCACAUGCACGCAGGCACUGGCGGAAGCCGUAGGGCCCGGCGGACACGUCGACGCGGCGGACCCGGCGCCGCCGGACUACGGGCGGCCGUUCACGCUCGCGCAGGCGCAGGCGCACCUGUCGGCGGGGCCGGUCGGCGGGCGCAUCGCGUGGCACCGGGCGGAUCCGGUAUCUUUUCUCAGUGACACGGAGAAGACGUGGGACGUGGCGGUGCUGGCGCACUGCGUGUGGUACUUCCGCGACGGGGGGGAAGCGGAGCUGGGGCGCAUCCUGUCGGCGCUCAGGGGGCGCGUCGCGCGCGUGCUCGUCGCCGAGUACGCGCUCCGGGCCACGGAGCCAGCGGCGGCCGCGCACGUGCUGGCGGCGCUGGCGCGCGCGACGCUCGAGGCGCACCGCGGCGACAGCACGGAGAAUAUUCAGUCCGUGGUGAGCCCGGCGGGGAUCAAGGCGGUCGCGGCGGGCGCCGGGUGGACGGUUGAGAGUGAAAGUGUGGUUGUGCCGGACGCGGCGCUGUCGGAUGGGUUCUGGGAGACGGCGACAGUGACGGCGCAGGACUUUGUCGACGAGGUGGAGGAGGCGGUUGGUGAUGAAAGGGUGAAGAGUUUGCUGAGGUCGGCAAGGGAUGCCACGGUUGCUGCGGCGGAGGCGAAUGGUGGCGUUAAGAAGGUCAGGACGAUGGACGUUUGGGUUGCUUCCCUGACUUGUUGAGGACUCAAUAGUGUCGCUGUUUCAAGUUUGAGUUGUGCAAUGUCGAUUAUUGAGAAGUGAUAAUACGCCUUUCUAUUCUUUACUUUAGUCGGGCAUUUCUUUUCUUUUCUUUUCUUUGGAAGACAGCAGUGUUGAAGUAAACUGUCGGUCAAUGAACAUGCUGCAGACGAAGCGUCUUGAAGUCUCCCCAAGAUUAAUGCAACUCAAGAUACCAUGCAACGGUAAAGUGGUAAAUGGGUAUUGUGUUCUAUUGAAAAUAUGCAUAAAUCCGUCCGAAAUCCUCAAGGCUACAAGGCCGUAGCUAGGCCUAUCCCAAGCAUACACCCCUUACGCGGCGAAGCCAGACCAUACCGGGCCACCCGGGCAGGUAUAGGUUGUAGCUUUGCUCGAGUAGAUAUCGAUCUGUCAUGAAUUAGCCUCGGCACUGAUAAUAGAUAGUAUUCGGAACUCACGGUGAUGCCGGGGUCGCUCUGCG